AUGGAGAAAAAACGGAAACUUCCUGCCCGCGCUGCACGCGUGGAAUCAAACAGCAAGAAAAGAACUACCACACCUCCCGGAUCUCAAACUCAUACAACAGUAACAUCAUUACCAGUCAAUGUACCACCUGAGAGGACACCCUUACCAACAUCAAUAGCUCCAGGAAAACCGUUACCUACUGUUACGCAACCUCAGUCAAUUAGUUUAUCCGUAAAAGAGUAUCAGUCGAUUCCAGAAAGUGGUAUCUUAUCAGAGUCAUUAGCCCGAUCACGACAGAGAUGGACUACAGAAGGAAUAUUUGAAAAAUACUGGACCAAGGUCAAGAAAGGAAAAAAUACGUCUGUGGAACCACAUGGUAACCCUUCAAAAGACUCUAUGGUAAAGUUAGGAACUUGCACUAUUACAGUGGAGCCUCAUGUUUUUGAAGCAACAAUAUUCACAGUCAAGGAAACUAACUUGCGACCAAAAGCUCCGAUGCAAGCGUCUAUAUCUCUUCCCACUCUCCAAUAUGGUCCACCUGGUGGAAGCAUGCCUCCUACGCAACCAGAUGAAAUAACCUAUUCCCAAACAUCAGCUGGUAAUCCUCCUGUACCUCAUUGCGAUGAAGGGGAACAAAAGCAUAAAAAUGCCGUUGAUGGGAGACCUACCACUAUAUUUUCCCCAAAUGAGGAGCCAAUAGAAAAGAUGUCACCAAAACUUUCAGCUCCAAAUAAGACUAGUGCACCUUCUAAAAAUCAAUCCUCUAAUCAAUCAACUGAACCAGUUACUGCUCCGAAGGGUACUGAUCCAGUGAUUCAAAUGUUAGCCCAAAAAGCUGCAACAGAUCAAGAUUUAAAAGAUCUGAUGCGAACAGUGGCCAACGGACAGGCUACUCCCGAACAACUAAAACAGUUCCAAAAUCAGAUAGAUGAUUUGGCCCGUCUUCAUCAAAUUCAGCAGAUGCCAGCAGACCAACCCAAUCCGUCAUCAGACAAAAAUAAAUCAGCUGUUUCAGGGCAAGACUGUAGUAUUCCACCGCUAAAUUCGCUAGGUUCUAAUUCAGUGGCACCUGUAGCGCCUCCAACUGUCCAGGACCAGCCAAAUUCACAGGUACUUAGGUGUAAAGGACCUACAUCGUCAAAAAAGCCUGAAUGUACUGGUGUUGUGUUUGAAUUUGUCGGUGGAAACGGUGACAGAUACUCAUUCCCGAAAUACAGUAUUCUAGAACAAAUCUCCGGGACAAAUCAAGUAAUUGUGUCAUUUUUGAUUAUUAGAAAAGGUAGCAACGCCGAUUCCCACAACUAUAAUCCCAGCUUAGAUUAUUAUCAACCCAUGACAAUUAGAAUACAUACACAUCAAAGCCGGCAACUCGAAGCCUUGCAAAAAGCUGUAGAGUCUCCGGAAGAAGUUCGAAGAUGGAUGGAUAAAGUUAUGGACGAAUGCCAAAGAGCAGAAUACGUACUACUAGCUAUGCGUUUACCGCGCGAAGCUGAAAGUAGCGCCUCAAUAGAGGGAAAAAGCGGCUCUGAGAAAACUGAUCAGAUAAAUAUGCAGGUCAAGUGGGUUACAACAGCAAGCACGUCAACAAUGACCAAGUCUAGAGUUACGAAGAAAAUGACUACCGAAGAGGAGCGCCUCCAAAACUGCAUUUCAUCUAUAGCUGCUGCAACAUGA